AUGGCGACAACCGAGGCAUAUGAAAGUGCGAAGAUCGUAGCGGCUGUCAGCGCAGCGCUGUCCGAAGUCCGCACUGGACGAACAGCGAACGCUUUGACCGACAGCCUCAUCAAUCGCAUCGCUGUGGCGACGGCCUCUCACAGAGGCAUCGUCGUCACAGAAAAAAUAACAGACGACGAGAUAGGCGCAGUGUUUGCCAAGCAGGUGAAGUCCAUCGCGAUGGGCGCUGACUUGGAUGAGGAAGAGAAGUACAGCCUUUUUAGCCAACUCGGGUCAUUUGAUGUGCAAAAGGCUUCGCCCAUGGCCGCCAUGGCCGUGACGGCCGCCACGGCGUCGCGUGCCUCGUGUGCCUCGCGAUGUCGCGCCGGUGCCGCGCUGGCCGUAUCUCGGCAGGGGGUGGACCCGUGCGGGCUAAACUUGGGAGCUUUGGUUUACUUUGCAAUGGCCUGGGAUGCACCUGGUACCACUGAUUUGUUUUCACCUUCUUGGGACACAUUGACCAGAGGUUGCAAGAUUUCACUGGUUCUGGACGGGAUUUUUCAUACUCAGGAAUCCAUCUAUGCUGUUUCUGUGCCUGAUGGCCGGCAGAUCAAACUGAUUGGGGCAAUUGACAAUGGGGUUCAGGGUUGUCAUCGCCUCACUGCCUUUGACGUGCUGUUCGACAAGGUAGGUGACAGGAUUGAGUUGCUGAUCACAGAUGAAACUGUUGUGCUUGCCCAUGGACUUCGCCCAUCGACUGAUUUGUUUCGGUGUGUUGAACUUUGCUCUGGGAUUGCUUGCUCCUCAGUUGGACUUGCUGCUGCUGGGUUUCAACAUGCUUGCUCUGUCGAGUUGCGCCCUGCUUUGGUUGGACUUCACCGUCUGUGCCAUCCUGGCAUUCCUGUCAUCCAAGGGGACAUCGCUGACUCCAGCUGUCUCAAAGCUGUUGCCCAGGCAGUUGAGCCUCCGUUUACCUUGAUGGCUGGAUUUUCGUGCCAACCCUUCUCAACUGGUGGUGCCCAGGCUGGUUCAGAAGAUGAUCGUUCUGCCACUGUCCCUGCCACGAUGAAAGCCUGUCACUUGUUUCAGUGUCCUGUGCUGCUGAUUGAAAACGUGACUCAAGCCCGCACUAACCAGUUUGUCCGGUCUUGUUUGCACCAGCUGGAGUCAAAGCUUGGGUAUCGUUUGAGUGAGGUGUCACUGAAAUUGGAGGAUAACUGGUGUGCUCGUCGGUUUCGUUGGUGGUUGGUUGCUGUGCAUCCUGCUUUGGGAGCCAUCAACUUGUAUGAGUGGCCCAAGAAUCCGAGUCGUACCAUUCGAGAUGUCAUGCCAUUUGUCAAAGUUUGGUCCCCUGAAGUGCUUGCUGAGUUGCAGUUGACCCAACAUGAGUGCACCCAGUUCACCUUAGAUGGCUCGUCUUUGCGCAAGUACCUUGUACAGAUGGAUGGAAAACUACCGACCAGUCUCCACUCCAGUGGAAGCCAAGCAUUCGACUGCCCCUGUGGUUGCCGAUUAGCUUUCAGUGAGCACCUCAUCCGACAGCGAGGCAUUUAUGCCCAGCUUUUGCAAAUUCCUGUGACGGAUGGAGUUCCUGUGUUCCGACAUUUUCACCCCUGUGAGCUGGCACUGCUCAAUGGUAUGCCACCUCCACAAGCAUGGUUGGAAUUGCAUGGAACCCCAUUGCGCCUCUGUCUCAGUGCAAUCGGCCAGUUAGCAUCUCCAAUGCAAUCAGUGUGGGUAGGAUCAUGUAUCAUGCAACAGCUUCGAGCUUUGUUUGACAUGCCCCCAAUGAACCCGGUUGGAGUCUUGAAUGAAUUCAAAGGUUCUCUCCUGAAGUGUGCCAAAGACAUGUUCCCUAGCAUAGCUCCUGCCCCUGCGUGCCCAGAUUGGACUUUGCUCACUUACCCCGAUGGCACCACUGUGAGGGUUCAGGUUCAAUCGCAGACCACCGUCAUUGAGCUCUUCCAGGCUGAACUUGCCCUGUCCCAAGAUGCCACUGCUGAUCAAUGGAUAGAUGCAAAGACUGGACUUCCCUUGGACUACUAUGCCAAAGUUGCAGGGUUGAGUAUUUUGGUGCAGGGUUCUCGACAUGCUGUUGCGCGCUCGUCCACUGACAUGGUCCCUACUGCUGUCCCCACCGUCCCCAUCCCUUUGGACUUUGGUGAGUUUGAUGACAACACUGGACUUGGUUCCCAUCCCAUGGACACGACUGGUGUCAGCCCUGAGGAUAGUGCCAGGCCUUUUGUGGUCCCUGUGGAUUCAGGUCCUCCCUCUGCUGGUGGUCCCUGUGCUGUUGAUGUUGGCCAUCCACAUGCUCAUGUCAUGGACACGUUGCUCGGCCUCAGACACUUGACUGGAGUCCAACUUGCCAAUUUGAUCCCGCCGUUGGUCACUCGGCUUGAGACUUGUAGCAUGUACCGCCAAGCCACUGUGCCUGUCACUUCCCGGCUUGCUGUCUUGUCAAAUGAAGGUCCUGCCAUGGGAGAUGACGAGCUGUGUCUUCACUUGCGUGCUUGCCUGAAGUUGUGUUGCCGUACGGAUGUGCAGCUUCUGGACCCGUUGCUUGCGACUGGUUGGUUGCAAGGUGGUGACGUCUCUGAAGUCAAGGUUUGGAUGCAAGACUUUCCUGAUCUUGCAUGCAUUGUGACUGCGGUGCAUGUCCGUGGCCAUUGGAUACCGAUUGUUUGGUCCUCGUCUCUUGCUGAAGUUCAGGUGUUGAUGUGGGAACAUGCUGAUGUUGACGUGGACUGUUUGAACCCGCUCCAUGGCUUGAUCAGUGCUGCUUGGGGUAAACCUAUGUUUACUGUUGCCUGCAGUCGUCGGUCCUUUUCCCCUGGGCGAUGUGGUGCUGCUGCAGUUGCCUUUGUGUCUCACCGACUUCUUGGUCACAGCUUGCCGACCUCUGAAGCUGCGCUUGAUGCCUUGCACAAUGACCUGAAAGGUAGUUUUGCUGAAGCAUGUCGUAGCGUUGCUGCACUGCCUAAGCCUUGGUGCUGGGGUUUGGGUGUGCCAGAUGUUUUUGGCCUUGCAGCGGAAUUGCUUGCCAAGCAUGGUGUCCCAGUUGCACAAGCCAGUCUCCGUGCCAAACUUGUUGUCCAGACCCUUGGCAAAAGUGAAGUGCACAAGGCCUUGAUGGGAGUUUCUCCUUGGAAGUCAUUGAAGGCCUUGGCUAACAUGCAAUCCCCACCUUUGCAGAUGGUGUUGCCCGAUGAGCAAGCUCAGAUGAAUGCCGCCAAGCCAGCUAGCAAACCCAAAAAGGGUCCUGCUGCUCCGAAGACUGCCCCAGUCAAGCCAGCAGACCUUGACCCGACCAAGCUUGUGUUGGAGCAUGGUACUUUUCGUGCCGGUAAUGACGAACCAGUGGGCCAGAUUCAAUUUUCUGCCAUUGGUCCGCUUGCCAGUGGGGUUGCCUUGGUGUCCUUUGCUGAAGCUGUCCCUUUUCUGCAAUCAGGUCAGUUGUUGACGAAUCAUGGACUUGCCCUGUUGGUGCUGAAUGCCCCUGUGGAUUUCCAGACCCAAUUGUCCUGGGCCACCAUCCGUUUUGCAGCGCGUUGCAGUAUGAAUCAGGAGCCUAUGCUGGUGUCCGGUCACCUUGUCCAACUUGGUCGUUGCCCUGUCUUCCAGUACCAAGCCAAAGAUAUCCCCAGCAUCCCUGCCGUCGAUGUUGCAUGUGCCAGAGUGACUGUGGACCAAGAUCAGUGGGAUGGUUGCUGGGAGGACUUUGCUACCCGGCCAGUGAAACAUGUUUUGUCGAUGUUGCCAAGUUUGCACACCUGCCGUAAUGGAAGUGAUUGCCAAUGUCCAGGUUGGCACCCCCAGCAAGACCAAACACAUGAUGCAGUCCUUGAUGUGUUCCGUAGGCAGUUUUUCAAUGAUGCCAACAGACCGGUCAAAUGGGACAAAGCUUCCCAUUUUGCAGUGUUGUUCAGAUACGUGAAAGCCUUGGAAACUCAGGUGCUUUGCUCCAGUGGCCUCCAUGGGGUUUACAUUGAGCCCAAGACCGAGGAUGCCCUGAAACCCCACAGUGACUUUCAAGUUGUGUGGCUGCCCCAGAUGGACUUCAGCACUAUCACUCACAAAGCCAAAUGUGAAGUUGAUAGCCUUGGCAUUGCUCGUGCUGGCAACCGAUAUGGUAUCAGGGUCCAUGUGAAAAACUUUCAAAGGGUUUUCACCAGUGCGAAGCCUGAAGCAGUGUACCUUGCCCCUGGCAGCCGCCUCACUUUUCAGUGCGGCCCUUGGCCUUUUGGUAGUGAUCGCAAAGGCAUAGCCAGAAUCCUGAAAGCCAGUGGAUGGGAAUGCCGGCCAUUGCAGCCCACACAGCAUGUGCCUGGUGGAUUGAUGUGGACCAUCCAAUCUGUGAUGGAACCCCCCAUGCAAGUGCUUGCCAUGCAACACGGCCAAGUCCUGAUCACGAGCCAGGACGUCAAGCCAGCGCAGGUUGAACCAGAUGCCCAGAUUGUUGGCCAAGCCAAAACUUUGGAACUUUGCCGCGCUACCGACUCUGGCCCUGACCCUUGGCUCACUCAGGAUCCCUGGUCCAAAGCAAUUGCCCAAGCACCAGCGCCUCCGGUAGGACAGCCUGCUCCCCAUGUCCUUCAGGAGAUUGAAAGCCGCUUGGAACAGAGUUUGUUGGCAAAGUUGCCCACCGCCGACAAGAUGGAAGUUGAUGACCAGGAUCAUCGCUUGCAGCUGCUGGAGUCUCAGGUUCAGCAAUUGGCUCAUCGCCAAACGCACCUUGAGAGCACUGUUAAUGAUCAUCACCAGCAGAACACGGCGCAGGUACAAUCUCUCCAACAACAGAUGAAGGUUCAGAUCGAUUUGCAGACUCAGCAGAUGCAGUCGAUGUUGACAGACCAAAUGGCGCGGAUUGAAACGAUCUUAGCCAAGAAGCCCCGCACUGAGGUGACCCAGGGAUUUUGCCGUCCCUUCCGGGCCUUUUUGACUUGCCUUUUGAUUUUGACGAUGUGCCGCAUUGGUGAAGCUCGGGUGCCAGGACCCGACACUGAAACAUGGUCGAUUGGGGUUUGUAAUCCCUCUGGAUUGCAGGGUAAACACCAUGUUCUUAGUGGAAUCCCAGCCGAUGUUGUGGCCAUCAGCGAGACCCAUUUGACAAAGAUGGCUCGUCGCAACCUUGCUUUGUCAUUCCGUUCAUGCAAUUCGAAGUUUAAGCACGUUUUGUCAGGAGCCCCCAUGACUCCUCGUUCCACUGCAUCCGAUGCCGGCCAAUGGGCAGGGGUUGCUUUCACCUCGGCCUAUCCUUGCCGAAGCCUUGCUACACAGUGGCCUGUGGACUUGUAUGAGACGGGACGUGUUCAGAUUGGUGCUUUCUUCACCCCGUCCUCUUGGAUUUCUGGUGCUGUGGUGUACGGGUAUCCUGAAGGGCGAUCCCACCCUCAAGCCCUUGCAAGGACUGAAGCCAUUUUGGAUUUUGCCUUUCAGCGAUUGCUUGCACAGCCUGGGCCCCGUUUCUUUGCUGGCGAUUGGAAUUUCGCCCCUGAGAACCUUCAGAUCACUGCGCAACUCACUGCGGCUGGUUGGCAUGAAGUGCAAGACCUGUUCUGUUCCCGCACUGGUAAGUCUGUUGAAGCUACUUGCAAAGGGGUCACCCGGAAGGAUCACCUUUGGCUCUCCCCUGAGCUUGCCUUGAGUUUCUUGGAUUUGACCAUUGAUCACCAAGUCUUUGCGGACCAUGCUGUGUUGAUUGCCCGUUUUGCUGGUGGAGCUGCCCAUCUCGAACGGUUCUCUUGGCCUUGCCCUAAGCCGGUCCCUUGGACUCAAGUGUCGCCCUUGGGCACUGCUGUGGAUUUUGCGUUCCCUCUUGACCCUACCACUCAAUAUGCCGAGCUUUGGAAAACCAAAGAGCAACUUGCGCAGCAAAGCCUUGGCCGUGACUGGCUGCCUUGCAUGUCUGGCCGUGCUGCACAGACCGCCCCCAAGAGAAUUGUCGGUCGUAUUGCUCCUCUUAAGCAAGGCCGUGAGCAUGAUGUGAAACCUGGUUUCUUUGGUUUCUCUGCGGUCCAUGUGAAACAAUUCAAGCAGCUGCGUCGCCUUCAAAACUAUUGUCGGUGGGUUGAUCAGCGUCAGUGUUUUGGACGAGGGGACAAUGAGCAUGGCAUUGGGCUUUGGAAUUCCAUUUUGCGUGCGUCUGGUUUUGGAUCUUCCUUUGCUGAGUGGUGGUUGUCACGCUGUUUUGUCAGUCCCCUUGACCCACAUUGCAUGCCUGUGUUCUGUCCUCCGUCUGCGGUUGCACACCAAAUCUACGAUGCUGUUUUGGCUGAAGUCCGUCUUUUGGAGCAACGAUUGCAGUCUGCGCGCAGUGCUCAUCGUAAGUUCCAGCAUGACUGUGACCGACACUUGGUGUUCCGUGAUGUGGCCCGGACCCCAGCGGAGCCGGUUGAAUCCUUGUUGCAUCGGGUCCGUGCUUCCGUUGCCGUUGUGGAUGUGGAUGAGUGUGCCAUUGAGCUUGAUAAGCCGGUUCAGCUCCUGGCUGACCAACCGUUGUGGAUUGCUGGCAAAGUUUAUGAUGUUGUUCAUGCUGACCAUGACAAGAUUUGGCUUGAGGACACUGCCGGCAUUGAACCCCAGUCCCAAUGUGUUCAAACACACUUGGUUGGUGAUUUGCGUGCUCUUUUUGAUGCCUUCCACGAUCAAUGGAAGCAGAGAUGGUGCCGCCAUGACCAUGUUCCCUUUACACACUGGACAGAGUUGCUGGACUUUGCCAAACGGGUCAUCCGACCUUGUCCCUUGCCUCAUUUGCAAAUUGAUAGCACUCUUCUCCAAGCAGAAAUCAGCCGGAAGAAGAAGCGAGCAGCUACUGGACUUGAUGGAGUAAGUAGACAGGACUUGGUCGAAGCAGAUCCUGCAGUCCUGGAAAGCAUCACCCAGCUUUACCGCCGGGCCGAGCUUGAUGGAACCUGGCCUGCCCAGCUGGUGGCUGGCAAAGUGCACUCCCUUGCCAAAACUGACUCUGCUUCGGCAGUUGGCGAUUACAGGCCAAUCACUAUCUUUGGAUUGCCCUAUCGUGCAUGGAGCAGUGCCCAAUCAAGAUACUUGCUCCAACAUGCUGACUCCUGGGUUGAUGACAGUGUUUUCGGCAAUCGCCAAGGGCGUCAAGCUGCCGAUCUAUGGAGUUUCUUGCUCCUCCAAAUCGAAUCGGCCUAUGCCUCAGGCACUGCAGUUGCGGGUAUUUCGGCUGACCUUGAGAAGUGCUUCAAUUGCAUUCCCCGGUUUCCAGCCCUGUGCCUUGCUGUUUUGGUUGGGACUCCUGAUGCAGUUACCACGGCAUGGAGUGGAGCCUUGGCUAGCAUGCGCCGCCACUUCAAGGUGCGUGACUCCUUUUCGACAGGGUUCUUGACUUCGACUGGUUUGGCUGAGGGUUGUGGUCUGUCGGUUUUUGGCAUGCUUCUUGUGGAUCAUCUCUUUGCCUGUUGGAUGAAAUUCCAAACCCCUUCCAUCAAUUGCCUGACGUACGUUGAUGAUUGGCAGACUUUCACUGGUGAUCCUACCAUUGCUGUCCGGCAGCUUGAGAUGAUUGAACGCUUUGCAGGAAUGGUGGAUCUUACGGUUGACCGCAAGAAAACCUUUGGCUGGGCUACCUGCCCCAACUUGCGGAAACUCCUGCGCUCUGGGGGCAUCACUGUUUUGCACCAUGCUCGUGAGCUUGGGGGCCACCUUGGCAUUUCCCGCCAGUACACCAAUAAGACCAUCACCCAACGCCUUGCUGACUUGGAUGAAUUUUGGGUCAAGUUGACUUCCAGCAAGGCGCGACAUCAUGCUAAAGUCUUCAUGCUCCGUGCUGUUGCUUGGCCUCGCGGCUUGCAUGCUGUGUCGAGUGCUCCUGUUGGUGACCAGAUUUGGUUGGACUUACGUCGCAAAGCUGUCAAAGCGCUGUGCUGGCAGAGACCUGGUGUGAAUCCCUCCGUGUUUCUUGGGUUGGUUGAGUGUGCUGUUGACCCCCAGUUUGUGGCCAUCCUUUGGACUUUGCGUGCUGCACGCUCUCAGUUUAACCUUGAUUUCUGGACUUCUAGUGUUGCUCCUUUGGCUUUUGGGGACAUGGACUUGCCACCCAACGCUCCUGCUUCAGUUGUCUUGCAACGUGUUCAAGCUUUGGGGUUGGGUGUCACCAGGUUUGGCCUUCUGGUCGAUCAAUUUGGGGCAUUUUGCCCGCAUACUUGCAAUAGUGCAGCUGUUGAACUUCGGCUUACUUGGGCGUGGCACCAGGUUGUGGCUCAGCGUGUUGCCCACCGUGGGGACUUUCAUGGGCUUUGGCAAGUUGAUGUUGCAACUACUCGACGUGCCCUCCUAGCCUUGCCGGUCGAUGACCAAGCUUUGAUUCGUCUUAGCCUUGCAGGUGGCCUUUUUACUGAAAGCUACAAGUCGAAAUGGACUGAUCAGACUGAUGCUUGCCGUUGGUGUGGGCAGCCUGACCACUUGCGUCACAGGUAUUGGGAGUGUCCUCAACACCAUGACUUACGGAUUGCCCUUGCCCCUGAUGUUUCUGACCUGUUGGACUUUCUGCCGUCGGCGCUUUCCUUGCGUGGCUGGGCUCUCUUGCCUCCUACUUGGAAUGAUUGGAUGCGCCUUUUGAUGGACUUGCCCGAUGUUCCUCCGCCACCUUCUGUUUCCCUGCGUCCUGACUGUUGGACUGACGUGUUCACCGAUGGCUCCUGUCUUUGUCAAUCCCAACCGCUCUAUCGAUGUGCUGCGUGGUCUGCCACUGUUGUUCCUCCUUCCUCUGCUGAUUGGACUCCGGGUGGACUUGCUGUGCUGGGUGCUGCCUUCUUGCCGGGUCUGUGCCAAACUGCGUUCAGGGCUGAACUGUAUGCUGUUGCUUACACGUUACAUUGUGCAGCGACCUCAAGGACGCCAGUUCGAAUUUGGACAGACUGUUUGGGUGUUAUUACAAGGUUUUACCACCUUGUGCGUGGCCGAGUCAAGUUGAAGGUGAACCGCAGCAAUGCAGAUCUUUGGGCCUGGGUUUUACAGUCGGUUGACAGACUGGGCAGUGAGUUUGUGAGUUUGCACAAGGUGCCAGCCCAUCGCACUCUGCAAAGUGCGCGCACCAAGCAUGAGGCAUGGCUGUUUUUCCAUAACGAUUAUGCGGACAGAGCAGCACGACUGGCCAAUCAGGCUCGUCCCGCUGGUUUCUGGGCGUUUUGGGAACAACAUGUGCAGGCUACAAUCACUGCUGAGAACUUGUUCCUACAGGUCCAUCACCUUCACCUGGCGGUGGGAAAGCGUUUUGUGCAGAGCAGUGUCAAUGUUUCCGGUGAACCUGCUCCUGUGGUCGUGAAGCCCACCAGGGAGUUUGUGCAACAUUUUGAUUUGGGCAACUGGCAGGGACAACUUCUGCCUACCAUUGGAAGAACCUAUGGGGAUGAGAUGAUGCAAAAACUGUGUCGCUGGUUUCAUGCUCGAUUGGCCACUGACCAUGCUGAAUCGAUGAUCUGGGUAUCGUUUACGCAACUUUACUUGGAUUUUCAAUUGACAUGGAAUCAUCCUGGACCUCUCAAAGUACAGAAACAAUGGGUGGACGUGACGCACCGUCCUUACCUUGCAGCAGAGCAGUUUUCAUUUCGACAAAGGGUGCGAUGGUUUCGGUUGUUUGUGAAGCAUUUUUGGAAAGCUGCCAAGAUUUCUGUGGCGAUGGAGCAGUGUCGACCAAGGUCGGAGAUCCUUCAGACAUUCCUCCCUGCUGCAUCGAUACCUUGGGAUAGGCGAGCCCUUGCUGAAGUUGAACGGUGGCUGGAGCAACAUCUUUCAGCACCGUGUGUGCGCAGCGCGGACGCCUUGGUUAGUUUGCCUCUUGCUUCUGGGACAGGCAACAUGCGGCUGUAA